AUGACCAUGAUGGUGGAUAUGGAUGGCUUGUUGUUCUUGGUGCUUUUUGUGUACAAGUCACUAGCUUUGGUAUUGUUUCUAGUUGGUGUUAUGCAAGACUAUUUUCAUCAAAAUUUGUUUGAGAAUGACCCGCAAGCACAGGUUAACCUCAGUUUUGUUGGUUCUUUAGCCUUGAUUUUUAUUAAUGCAUCAAGUCCUCUUGUUCAAAUUCUUGUCGCUCGUUAUGGACUUAGACCUAUUAUGAUCAUGGGAACAUUGUUUAUCACUAUUGCUUUGGAAAUGGCAGGAUUUGCUUAUAAGAUUUGGCAUCUUUAUCUCACGCAAGGUAUCUUGUUUGGUAUUGGUGCAUCCUGUAUGUAUGUUACAGUCAUGUCUGUCACACCUCAAUGGUUCACGAAAAACAGAGGUAUAGCUUUGGGUAUAGUUGCGGGUGGAUCAGGAAUGGGCGGCCUUAUUUUGCCUUUUAUUGUCACACCCAUCAACCGUAAUUUGGGUCCCGGCUGGACUUAUCGCAUCUUGGGUUUCAUAUGUAUGGUUUGCGACAUCAUCGCUUGCAUCUUUGUUAGGGAAAGAAUUCCACGAAAAAGAGAAAAAAAGAAGCUUUCAGAUGUAUUGCAGUUCAGCGUAUUAAAAGAUGUGAACUUUCUUAUCUUCAGUAUUGGAUCAGAUAUUGCUUUACUUGGUUAUUUCAUUCCAUUCUUUUUUGUACCAUCCUAUGCUACUUAUCUAGGUAUGUCAGAUUCUCAGGGAUCUGCACUUGUUGCCGUUAUUUCUGCAUUGAAUUUUAUUGGCCGUUUAAUAGCAGGUUUCUUAGCAGAUCGAUUUGGCCGAUUGAACUCAAAUAUCUUUUUUACAUUUUUGGCAGCCAUUAGCUGCUUGCUUAUCUGGACCUUUGCCUUUUCUUAUGGUUCGUUGAUGGCUUUUAGUGCAGUAUUUGGUCUCUCUUGUGGCUCUUAUUUCGCAUUGAUGUCGCCUAUUUCGGCCAGUCUGCUGGGUAUGGAAAAGUUCCCUUCAGGUCUGUCUCUGUUGCUGUUGUUCAAUUCGAUUACUGUGUUUGGAAGCAACAUCUCUAGUGCUAUUGAAGCAGCUACCACUGCUUCUCCUUAUUUUUCAUACAAGAUGUUUGCAGGUCUGUCUUAUUUGAUUGGUGGUUUUAUUCUUUUGAUUGUCAAGUUUAGGAUCAAUAGAAAUCCUUUUGUCAAAGUUUAA